UAGCAACGAAGCCGCCAUGUUUAGCACAAGUCGAAGAGAAACGCAGCUUGUUAACAGACUCAAAUUCUCCACAAAGCUUCCACACAACAUGAAGAAUGGAGCCUGUUCGGCUGCAGCUGCCGUCGGGAUCAUGUCGGAGUUUUUCCGCGACUCCUGAAGGUUGUUGACAGCAGUUACUGAGGCUCGGGCCGUCGUGGAUCUUUGGAAAUCAUGGAGAAAGUGGAGGUGUACGAGGUGGAAAGCUGCUACAACCCAACGGAGGUGUCCACCCCGAAAAAGAGGAAAAGCAAAGCUCAGGAAGACAAUGUUGAAAAAGCCAAGAAGCCCAGGUCUGCCUACCUGCUCUACUACUUUGAUGUUCACCAGCUUAUGCAACAGGAAGUACCUAACCUGCCACAGUCGGAGAUCAACAAGCGAAUCAGCGAGAGCUGGAAAAGACUCAGUGUGGCUGAAAAAGCCUAUUACCUGGAGAAGGCCAAGUCUGAGAAGGAAGGGCUGGAUACAUCCUCACUCAGCUCCUCGAAAGACCUGCCAGGCUUCCGCAAGAUCCUCCCCAGAGCCAGCUACUUCCUCUUGUCCAAAGGCUGCUCCUCAAAUCACCAGCUUGGAGGCUCUCAGUCAGAGGGGACCCUGGAGUCUCUGGAACCUCCAGCUGAAGGAGGCUUGUCCUCCGUCUCCUUCACCCAAGAGCCCCAGUUAACAACUCUAGGUCUGGCCGGUGAGGUGGAACUUUCUGAGCUGCCCAUCGCUGUUGAUGACAUAGCAGAGGAAACAGCAACGGUGUCUUGCCCCGCAGCCCAACAAGGAGUCCCACCUUCCUCUUCUUCCUCUGUCUCAUCCAAAGCCCCUUCCUCCGCAGAAGCCCAGGGCUCUGCUGACCUCACGGCAAAUGGGGUCACACUGAAAGGAAAUGAGACUAGAGCUGCCGGUAGUGGUUAUGGCUGGGCCAUGGUGCAACAAAUACAGGGGGAGAAUACGCAGGUGGUUGCCAUCAUACCCUCCCAGAAUCUACUGGAGCCCAAGGCAGGUGUCGGUUCAGUGAUGAUGGUCUCUGUAGGAGCCAAAGUGGAACAAAGUGACAAACCUUCGUAUAAAAUGUCUGUGAAGACCUACACCAGGAGAGGUCGAGGGAGGUGUCUGAAUCCCGGAUGUUCAUUUGUGUACGUCACCCGCCACAAGCCACCAACAUGCCCUGAAUGUGGGAGCAGCUUGGGUGGAAAAUGGAUACCUGCAGCAAAGAAGACACAAGAGAAAGAAGCAGCAUCAAAGCAGUUUCCCCAGAAAGCUGAAACCAAGUCUAGUGAAGGCUGUCAACCCACACAGCUCGCUGCUCAAGACGGGAAUGCUGAUGUCAGUAAAACAAACACCGGUGGGGGCAAAAAAGAGGGAAGAGUUCACGGUUGCUCCAGAAAGCAGCGUGCAGUUCCCAGUGGAAAGCCACCAGAGGGCAGCAGCACCAAGUCACAGGAACAACCGAAACAACUGGAUGACAGUCCAAAAGAUGCUACAGUCCAAGUUCAAGACAGAAGCGCAGCCACUGUUCCAAAGAGGCCUGUGAGACCCAUCCUCCCUGCCUAUUACAGCACAGGACGAGCUUUGUUUCAGAUCCUAACUGUCCCACCUGAAAAGGGAAAAUGCCAGACUGCAAACAACAACAAAUCCUCACCUGCUCCCAGAGAGAGUUUCUCAGGUCUCAAACCCAGCACUUUAAAGCAGCUCGGCCAGACGGUCCCCAAAACCUCAGCCAAGCAGGAUUCUCCUGCCUCAGCAGAUGGAAGACAGCCUGUUUCCGCUCUGACUGACGGGAGAGUGAACAUUCUGUCAGUCGUGCCGUUCAAACAGCACACUGUCUCCAGCUUUGACCUGGGACUGUCCACGGCGCGAGGCAGGGGGCGCUGUAAAAACCCCUCCUGUGACUACAUGUACAAGAACAGACACAAACCUGCAACGUGCCCUAAAUGCGGCUGUGAGCUGACCCAGAAGAACACCAAGGGAGCAAAGUCUGAAACUCUUCUGGAUCCAUACCAGGCCCUGAAUCCUGCCCAGAGGGACAUUCAGCGGCAAAGCACGCUGCAGCUCCUGCGCCGUUCCCUGCAGAUUCCUGAAAGCGACGCAGAGCUUCAGGAAACAUUAAACCUCAUCCAGGAGCUCAACAGUCUCCAGAUCAUCUUGGUUCAACCGUCUCACCAGGAACACGAAGACGGCGUCGGAACGGAGACGCUGGUUGAGACUGGGUGGCCUCAGUUCUAUGAAUCAGCGGCUACUCACUGUGGCCUGUGUAACUACCCUCUGUUCAAAGGAGGUCAGAGUACUGUAGCGGGACAGGAGGACUGUUGGCUGCUGACUGAGACACUGAUGCAGACGGCUUCUCUCCAGCUCAAGGUGUGUCUGAACGUUCAGUGUCUGGCUCUGCACAGCUUCACCGACCUGCAUCCAGGUUUGUUUAACAUUGGGAACAAAGUCCUGGUGAGCAUCGACCUGUUCCUGAAGAUGAGGGCAAAUAUCAAACUGGGCCACGCCCCCUCUCAGGCAGCCAGGACUUUACUAGACCACUUCCCCAAUCACCCUGUCCAUGCACUGAGUCCAGAGGAGUCAUCUCAAAUCCAAGAGCUUCUCCUGAGCGGCUACUGGGCCUUUGAGUGUCUGACGGUGCGAGAUUACAAUGAUAUGAUCUGCGGCAUUUGUGGUGUGGCUCCCAAGCUGGAGAUCGCACAACGACACGCAAACAAUGUGCUGGAGCUCAAGAAUGUGGAGUUUACCUGGCCAGAGUACUCAGUCGCCGAUGAGGUGCACAUGGAUGACUUCUGGCUGACCAUGGAGAGCGAGGCUAUUGAGCAGGCGGCUUUUCCCACGGACAUCCCCAUCACACGUGUGGACGCCUCCAUCAUCGCCCCCUUCAUCCCCCCUCUGAUGAGGAGUCCCACUGUCAUCAACACAGAGAAAGACAAGUCCUCGUCACACACGCCGGAGCCCUCAGGAGAUCCAUCAGUUUUGGUGCGUCUCAUUCAUGACGGUCAGCUGCGACUCGACAAGAUUGAGGAACACAGCGAGGACGAGCUGAGAACAAUACUGAGUGGCUGCGGGGCGAGCGCCACCCCAGGCUCCACUAAGAAUGAGCUGCUGGCGUCUCUGGUCUCCUUGUACACACUUGUUCAUAGUGGUCUCUCCACCGCCCCGCAGCCCCCUCCACACCUCACCGCUGGCAAGCUGUCGAAGGUCUGCCCCCACAAGGUGGUGUCCGGCUCUAAGUACUUGGUGAGAGGAGAGACGGCUCGAGAUCACGUCGACCUGCUGCUGUCCUCCCGCUACUGGCCCCCGGUCUACGUUAGUGACUGUGCCCGCCAGGUGGCGCUCUGUACAGACAUGCAGUAUCCGGAACUGGCAACACAGAUGUGGGGCAGGAACCAAGGCUGCUUCUGUGACCCCUUUGAAAAGCCAGAGUUUGUGUCAUGUGCUGAGCUACAGGAUCAGCCCUAUAGUGCGGACCUGUCCUUGGUCGCCGAGAACCAGCAGGUCCACCCCAUCACCAAAUCUUCUUCUUGCUGGCUGGUUCACCCUCCUGCAGCAGAGCAGCCCACAGAGCCUCCUUCGCCAGAGCACCACUCCAUGUCCCUCUGCAGAGACCUGGAGCCUUAUGUCAGCCUGGUGGCUGAGCUGGAGAAAGAGAAGGAAGAGGAGGAGGAUGAAGAGGCGGAAGAGAAGGAAAGCACAGAGAAAUUGGACAAAGACUCCAUAGAGAAAUCUGAGGACUGCCCCUCGACAAGCUGUGCGCGGUGGCCACCUGUGGUUUUCAGCAACACAGCCUAUUACUACCUGUACAACCGUCUGGUAGAUUUCCUCACCAGUAGGGACAUCGUGAGCCAGCAGAUCAACCAAGUGGUGAAGGCCUGUCAGCCGGGAGAGGUGGUGAUCAGGGAUGCACUGUACCGACUGGGAGUAGCACAGAUCAACACGGAGAAAGAAGACGAAGAAGAAGAAGAAGAAGGAUCUGGAACUGAAGCGCAGGCGCAAGAGGAAGGGACAGAGAAAUAUGAGGUUGUUCUGCCUGAAUAAAAAUGUUGAGGAUGUAUCAACAGAGCAGGCGGAGGGAUGGACUGAAUGUCAAGAUGGCUGCAUGUGAAAGAGUUGAGUGCAGAGAAAAGGAGAGACAGCCAUGAGUAUUUUAUUAACCUGUGGAACAGUUCACUUCAUCAGUUACACUUCACUGACAGUUUUAACUGAUGUGAGGAAUCAGGUAGAAUACGGAUAAACUGUGGAGUGAUCAGUGGUGUUUGCUGUGAAGAUUAAGAUGUUACAAAAUCAUGUUUUAACCACUGACACAGCGUGUGAGAACAAGUUAAAAUAGUAGAAACUGAAUGUACUAAAAAAGAAAUAGUUAAACAUAAAAACACUCUCAGCUCACAGCAAGAAGGUUCCUGGUUCAAAUCCCGGCUGGGGUCUUUCUGUGUGGCGUUAGCAUGUUCUCCCCGUGACUCUGUGGGGUUUCUCCUGCUUCCUCCCACAGUCCAAACACACACAGAUCAGUGAGUUGUGAGAAUGAGUGGUUGUUUGUCUGUGUGUGUUGGACCAACGAUACGCUGACGACCUGUCCUGGCUGUACCCCGCCUCUCGCCCAAUGUCAGCAUGGAUUGUCAUCUCCCCCCCAAGACCCUCAAAGUAUUAGCAGUCCUAAAAGGACAGUGAGACGCAUGUUUCUGGAUUCAUCUGCAGGAUGGUACCCAGGGUUAAAUGAAGUGAAAGUGUAUGCGAAGGUUAUUUAAGUUUAAGUCCUGAAUCAAUGUUUUGCUGUGACUGUGAGAAUUUAAACAGGAUUUUAAUUUAAAGUCGAGUCUAAAUGUAAAUAUUUAAUCAGCAGCAGUGGGUUGUGUUUAAUUUAAUAUAAAUGUCCAGAGACAUUUCUGCUUUGUGCUUUACACUCUGACCUCUCACCUGCCACUUGUUGCCUUUGGGAGCGAUGUUUGCUUUUUAAAGGUUUGAUUAAACAUGUGUGUAUCUGUUUAUUUUAUUGUAUCAUAAUAUGACGAUGGACCUCGUGGCCUUUUGCUUUAGUUGGGUUCAUCUGGUCAGUGUAGAUCCAUUCACCGACACAUGCAAUUAUCUUCACAUGGAGAAUAAACUGAGGACGUGUAGUGGACCUGCCAUCGUGAAGUGCUUUAGAAAUUAAAUUCAUCACUGUCUUUCUGUUGGAAUUGGUCACUAAUGCUUGGCUAACAAGGUUUUAUUGGCUCAUUGAUGCUGCUCGGGCAGUUUUGAUGAUUUAUCUACUGAAUGAAUCAUUUACUGAAGCUCCAGGUGUUCAAUAGAGACACGUCUGGCCUCAAAGAAACCACAGCACAACUUUUUGUGUGAAUAAAGAAAAGACUGAAAUGGCUGCACCAGUGAAGUCCUGUAAGUGAAAGCUGCUGAUGCUACAAAUAAAGAAAUGAAUGGAGUCCAAUCUAA